CCAGACGAUCAAGGAACAGGAAAUACAGGUUUAUGGUACACAGAUAAAGAACACACACGCCCACGGGAAAAAGAUUGGCUUUUCGUCUUAGUUUUCAUAAUGGCGGAAGCUGCAGCAGCAGAACAGACCGCGGUGGCAGCUGAAGUGCCCCAAACAGAAUCUCCUGUCGCAGAAACACCUGCAGUAGAAGAUCUUGCUGCAGAGACACCUGCAACAGAGACACCUGCAGCAGAGACACCUGCAGCAGAGACACCUGCAGCAGAGACACCUGCAGCAGAGACACCUACAGCAGAGACACCUGCAGCAGAGACACCUGCAGCAGAGACACCUACAGCAGAGACACCUGCAGCAGAGACACCUGCAGCAGAGACACCUGCAGCAGAGACACCUCCAGCAGAGACACCUGCAGCAGAGACACCUACAGCAGAGACACCUCCAGCAGAGACACCUGCAGCAGAGACACCUGCAGCAGAGACACCUGCAGCAGAGACACCUGCAGCAGAGACACCUACAGCAGAGACACCUCCAGCAGAGACACCUGCUGCAGGAACCUCAGUAGCAGAAUGCGACACAGCUGCCGAGGCAGCCCCGGGGAAUCUGAACGGCCGGUGGCGACUAGUCAGAAGCGAGCAGUUUGACGAGUUCAUGAAGGCCUCGGGGGUCGGUUUUGUGAUGCGCAAACUGAUCAACUCCCUCGGGUUGACGAUCGAGAUUGAGCAGGACGGGGACGAGUUCACAUUCACGUCCAAGACAUCGCUGCGCCAGAGGGUCACCACGUUCAAGCUGGGGGCGGAGUACCCAGAGACCAAUCCGAUGUGGGGGGACAAGGAGUUUCGCGUGUUGGCCGAGUGGCAAGGCGCUAAGCUGGUGCAGCGGGUUGUUCGCGGCCCAGGUGAUGACAUACCCCGGAGCUUCGAGCGAGAGAUCGUAAACGGGGAAUUGGUCAUCACGUUUCGCCGAGGGGAAGCCGUGGCCAGGCGUUAUUUCAAGAAGAUAUAGACACCAACCUUCUCUAAAAAUGAUUGUAUUUGUAUCGAGACUAUAAUCGACAAAUAUAAUUAUUGCUGGAAAACGAGUGUUCGAGAAAUAUGUGGAAUCACAAAAGGCCAGCGACGUUUUGGAAAAGAUCCAUCAAAACCAUUGCUCGAGAAGCCACUAAAAAUAUGAACAAGCAAUGAAAUAAAAAGGAGAAAAAUAUACAUCGCCAGAUGUAAACUGAUAAAGUACCGCAGAGUUAAUAUUUCCGAAAUGUUGUGCAGAGAGGAACGCUUUCUUGUUUUGUUUUGUUUUGUUUGUCUGUUUUAGGAUAACAUAUUUUUUAAUUACUAUCUAAAUCUUCACAUUGUAUUCCACAUAUCCUGCUCGCUAAAUGGCAAAGUUUGUAUAUUUGAAUUUUUCAUAGGUUAUUGAGCUGAGAAAGGUGUAUGCUUCAGAUUGUCAUAAUGAUACUAACAUGGAAGUUUAAGACUGUAUAAAAACACUUGAAAACUAAAAUCAAAUUUAAAGCACAUAAUUUGAUUUAGUUUUGAAUUCUUAAAAUAAGUAAAUGAAGAAGGAAAGCUUCAACCUUGUUUAGAAAUGAAGGAAACAAUAAUACAUAAAGUUUACUUUCUCUGAGUAUUGGAAAUAAUUCAUUAAGUAUUUGUAUAAAUAUGAUGUGAUAGUGGCUGAUCUUUACGUAUAUAAAAGGUUCUUCAAGCUGAGCAAUGUGUUCCUGUUUUAUGUAAGGCAUCAAUCCACAUGUAUUGGAAAUAAUUGACGAGAUAUCCGCUAACAAUUUAUCUCAGCAAUGUUGGGGAACAAGGGCUUUUAGCAAAAUAUCGUAUCCCUCACAGUCGUGUGGGGUGUGUAAAGAAAUCACAAAAGUAUUUUCAUUGACACAUUGUUGGAAAGUGUUACGGGAAAUGCGACUGACGAUUCGUUGAUAGGGGUAGCAUUUAAUGCAUUUCUGCUGCAGUAACCUUAUGCGGAUCAUUCGUCACUGUGUUAUGAAAUGAUUUCUACGUCAAUGCAUCUCUAGAAAUACAUUAUGUGACCUGAAUACUA